AAAAUAUAAAUAUUCGACGAAAGCAGCGAAAUCACUGUCUUGUUGCUGGCCGCUUGCUUGACGUGAGAAAACCAAACAGACUAGAAUCUCCUGAGAAUUUUUCCUGAAAUUCUAAGAUGAGCCGUCAUCCCCCUGUCAAAUGGGCCCAGAGGUCUGACGUACUAUACAUAACAGUUGAGUUACCGGAUGCCCAGGAUGUUAAGCUCAAACUGGAGCCAGAAGGAAAAUUCUACUUCUCUGCAACUGCUGGUGCAGAGAAGAAUCCUUAUGAAGUUGACAUUGAUCUGUUUGACAAGAUAGAUGUGAAUAAUAGCAAAGCUAGUGUUGCUUCAAGAAAUAUCUGCUACCUAGUGAAAAAGGCCGAGAACAGGUGGUGGGACAUAUUAUUGAAGCAGGGAGGGAAAUCUUCUUUCUUUCUGAAAGUUGAUUGGGAUAAAUGGGUUGAUGAAGAUGAGGAGCAAGAUAAUAAACCUGGAUCUGAGAUGGACUUGGGCGAUAUCGAUUUUUCUAAGUUGAACAUGGGAGGGGGUGAAGGAUUAGAUUUUGAUGCUGCAGCCAAUGAUGAUGAUGAUGAGAGUGACACAGAAGAUGAGGUUACAGCACAAGCAUCUGCUAGUAAUGAACUCGAUAUACAGGACACCGUGGGUGGCACUGCAAGGGAUGCACCUGAUACUAACGCAUAAAAAUUCAGAAUCUUGAACCGUAACAUAGCUUUGACUGUUAUAAGGACGAGCAUUCCUGGAAGGUUGCUUACCAAAAUCCUUCGCAGAUUUAUCUGAUUGUUCGGGGCUGACAUGUUCACUUCUUUUCAGCGUUUUGACCCUGGAUUUUAACUAGUUAGGCAUAUACGAGUUGGCCAUGCGUGAUAGUAUUUGAGAAUGUUAUGUCUUUGUAAUACUCACAAAGUGCAGUGGAUAAUGAAUUAGAAGAGCUUGAUGCUAUGUUUAUGUUUGCAUAAUUGAGCUCUACACUUUUCAGCGAAAUUAUACUACAGGAAUGACAAACUUAUCAAACUUCUG